AUGACUCACAAAGUGGUUACAAGCAAUAAUAGGAACUACAUCUAUGAGGUGCAGAAAAAGUGAAGCAAAACUUGGUCUAAAGCUAAAAUGGUUGCUGUGUUUCUCCUUGCUGUCUUCUCAGUAAGUGUAUUCCUUCAGAGUCAAGGUCAAAAGAUCCAUGAAGCAAAGAUUUACAGUGAUAAUACAGAGGUACUCGAAGGUGGUAAACUGGAGCUUACAUGCAGCAUAUUUGGUUAUUCAGCAAAGGCAGUUUAUUUAUAUCUGUGUAAAAAUGGUAAAGCUAUAGAUCAGAAAAAACAACGCAAUCAACAAGACAUCAACUUUAGAAUAGAAGGAAUACAAAUGGAGCAUUCAGGCAACUACAGCUGUGUGUUCUCAGAAGAGCAGUUGGAAACAACCAACGUAAUGGGAUAUGGUGAUAAUUACAUCUUCAUAAAUGUGAUUGAAUCAUUGAUUCGUGCACAGAUACAUUUGCUUGAGUCUGAGGUACCAGAGGGAAGUGAUGUUGAGUUUAUGUGUACAUCAUCACACCCUUUAAACACAAACCAGUCCAGGAAUCUGAUUUUGGCAUAUCUCAUCAAAGACAGAAAGGCUGUUGAGGUCAGUAUUUGGGACACACAGAAGAUGAAGACAACAUUCACCCUCAGAAAGGUCCAGAUGGAAGAUGCUGGAACAUACAGCUGCGUUGUGUUGUUAAAUAUUCUUCCUCAUCCUGGAAUGAGACUCUAUGGAAGUAAUGAGGUCAAUCUUCAGAUAACAGUGGCGUCUAACAGCAGCACUGAGGAAGUGAAAAUUGUGCUAGUGUGUUCUGGCAUAGUGUUGCUCCUCUGUCUGUCUCUGGGAAUUUUGACAAUGAUCCGAAAGAGAGUAAUAGAAUGCCCUGGAUUCCAUAGUGAAAGAUCUUUGGAAAAUGAGGUGGAGAUCAGAGAAGCAGAGGCUAUAUAUGAAGAUACAACUGAAGCUACGAGUGAAAUACAGAGUGUGGUCCGCGACGAACAAGAAUGGGAUGAGUUCUCUGACAGCGAGGAAGAUCCGAAUGAAAAUCAGCCACACAAUGUUUCACAACUAUACACAGCUGUGGGAUUUUGAACCAAUGAUGUUUGGACACCAGAGAAAUAGAAACCAAGUGACUCAUUCUCAAGGUUACAUUCACACUGGUAGCGACUUGCAGUCACAAAGCCACCUGAACUCAUGAGCAAUAAGUGCUGCAAACUUACGACUACAUGAGAGACAGCGACUGUUAACUACUAGAUGUGUGCAAAGCUCUGCAAUGGAGGAGACCAGGGUUUUCCAAAAGAGGAAACAUGUUCUGUUAAGUACUCGUACCAACCAAAUAUUUCCACCAUGUAAAUAUUUGAAGAUAUUCUACAUAAUGACAAUCAAGUGAAAUGUUACAAUUGGCCCAGAUCGCUUGGUCUGAUGUAACAUGGUAUGGGGUCAGUUGUAACAUCUAGUUUCAUUAAGCCUGUUUGAGAAAGAUGAUUUUUUUUACAUUAGCUUUAUCAGGCAGUAAAGGGCUUUAAUAUUAUUAUUAUUAUUAUUAUUAUUAUUAUUAUUACCAGAAGAACGUAGUUUCUCUUUCAAAUAGCAUUUUAAGUGCUGUUUGAAUUGCAAAAUUACACACAGACAUCAAAGGCUGAUUGUCAGGUGAUGUCUGACAAACAAACAUAGCCUAUCUUGACCCAGACAAAUCUUGUGAUUUUAAUAAAAACACACACCACUAUAUUGUAAUUUAUUUCAUUUAAAUUCUGGGUUGACACAACAGAUAAACGAGAUAAAAACAUUAAUAAUAAUAAAAAUAAAAAAAAAAAAAAAAUAAAUAAAUAAAAAAAAACAGCUGACAACAGGAGUGUUGGCCAACAUAUGAAAACAAUAAAAAUGAGGAUUUCAGUUAAACUGUUUAAUUAGAUUUUUUGUGACAUUGCACUGCCAUUAGUGUAUCCUUUGUGUGGCCAUUGUAUGCAACCCCAUCACUGCUUACAGUUGUGAAAGUAGUUCUCAUUGCAUACAAUGGCCUUUAUGCGUAUAUGUUGUGUAGUCUUUUACUUUGAUGUUUUAUUAUACAUAAUUACUAUAUGUCACGCUCCAGUUCCCCUAUUUUUGCCAUGUUCCAAUAAAAAAAGAACAAACUAAUGUGCUUUCUUUAUUAUUGAUAAUAAUAAAUAAUAAAAUAUUAAAAUGUAUGGGACAAUUACAGCUAGUUACUGUGCUAUGUAUAUUUUUUUUAUACCGUAAUAUAUCUCAGCUACCAUUUACAGUAAUCAGUAAAUUACUGUGCACAGCAAUUGCAGUAGCUUCCUGUAAUCAUAUAUUUACAGUACAGUAACAGCCAGCAACAGUGCUGCCAGUUUUUUUUACUGUAAAAAUCAUGAUACGGUCUACCAGUGUAUAAAACAAUUGAGGCAUUUGAAAUAUGCAUUAUUUUCUGAAAUGCUUAUUUAG